AUGUCCAAACCUUCUUCGGCGUUGUGGAAGCGAACAAAUGCCGCUGCCAUCACACCCAAGGCGUUCGAGGAUCUGAACCCCCCAAUAACCUACCGUCAUCUUCUCUCAUCGGCCCUCGGCGUGCGCGAUCCUCUUCGCGUGAUAGCACUAUGCGACAGCGAUGCAUUUUACGCCGCUUGUGAACAACGCCGGCUCGGAGUCGACCCUUCGCUCCCGCUGGUGGUGAGACAGUGGGAGGCGCUUAUCGCAGUCAACUAUCCAGCGCGAAAAUACGGGAUCACACGGAUGAGCAAGUGGAAAGACGCGGUGAAGAAAUGCCCGGGGCUGAUUGUGGUGCACGUCGCAACUUACAAGGAAGGUGAGAAGGAGCCGGGAUACUGGGAUAAUGUGGAUACGACGACGCACAAGGUCUCAUUGGAUUAUUACCGACGUGAAAGUGCCAAGAUCAUCAGUAUUUUUAAAGAAGGUCUGCCUGGGGGAGAGAUAGAGAAGGCCUCAAUUGACGAAGCUUUCAUUGAUUUCACGCAGCCCAUCCGCGAAGAAUUGCUUAAGCGAUUUCCUUACCUUGCUACGGUACCCCCCGACGCGCCUAACGGAUCAGAUACCGUGCUCCCCCCUCCACCACCAAUAUCAUGGGAAGGAAAGGGCAUAGUGAUACCUAUAAAUCCAUCAUCAACAUCCGCUUCGGAUCAAGUGGAAGAAACUGCCGAGGGGAUAACAGACACUGAAGAGACGCAAACAACAUGGCACGACAUGGCCCUAUCUAUCGGUGCUGAGAUGAUGGACAAGAUACGGGGUGCCGUGCGCGACCAGUUGGGAUACACCACUUCUGCGGGCAUUGCACGGAACAAAUUUUUGGCCAAGGCGAGUUACACUACGCGGACGCAGAGCAUACUGCGCAAUGCGGCAAUACCCAAUUAUCUCAAGCCCAUGCCUUUUCAAAAGAUCCGCUUCCUGGGAGGUAAGCUCGGGACAGCGAUAGCAGAACAUUAUGAUGCCUCCACUGUGGACAGCCUGUUCGCAUACAACGCAGAUGAGAUGCAAGGCAGAUUUGGAGAAGAAUCUAUCUGGGUCUACGAAGUUCUCCGCGGCAUAGAUAGGACUGAAGUGAAGGAAAAACCCCCAAUGGCAAAGAGUAUGAUGGCAUCCAAGAACCUUCCUCAACCAAUCACGAAAAUCUCAGAAGGUCCACAUUGGCUCCGUGUUCUAGCCGCGGAAUUGGCUUUGCGAUUGAACGAAGCGAGGAGUUCAUCCUCUUCAAUUUGGCCAAAAUCUAUUGUUCUGCACGUCAGGCGUGGUUAUGAAACCUCCCGCUCUCGGCAAGCGGGUUUUCCAUUCGUUCGAGACUUGACGGUGGACGUCGUUGCCGCGGCCGGAGACAAACUUUGGAAGGAGCUUAUGGGCGACAACAAAGACACAGCGAUUAACGUCACAAAUGUCGCUCUAGGCUUCUCAGGCUUAGAGGCCGGAGAGAACGGACAACAGAAUAUCGAAGGAUUUUUCCAAGCUGGCCCUUCCAAGCCUGUUUCUCGCUCAGACACUGGCUCCGCUGCUGGGAUCAAGCGAAAACGAAGAGCGUCGACAGAACCACAACAACACUCGCCUCUCGAUGUAGGACGCGAACUAGACGAACAGCAUUCCACAUCAAGCCCGUACGUUUGUCCAAGGUGUCACAAGCGGAUCCGUCUCGAGGAGGAUGUGCCAGACGAACGCGAAAUUGCUCUGACUCGACUACGGAUGGAGCAUGACGAUUUCCAUCUUGCACAGGACCUGUCACGAGCUGUUGAGCCUGGGAAUAGUAGUCAUACAGGGUCGUCGGAGGGGUUGCGUAUCCAGGAUCAACCCCCUGGGAAGCAGCGUAAGAAGAAGAAAGAGGGGAAGACGAAGGGAAAGGAUGGCGAGGGAAUCGCCAAGUUUUUCCUGAAAAGAUCAUGA